AUGCCAUCUCGAUUUCCACCCGUACUCUUCUGCACACCAAAAGAAUUGGGUGGUUUAGGUAUGCUAUUCAUGGGCCGUGUUUUUAUACCACAAUCUGAUCUUCGAUGGUCAAAACAAACCGAUGUUGGCAUCACACAUUUUUGUUCGGGGAUGAGUCACAACGAAGAUCAACUUAUUCCAAAUUUAUAUCGUUAUAUUAUGCCACGGGAAGCUGAAUUCAUCGAUUCACAACGUGUUUGGACUGAAUAUGCACUCAAACGACAAGAAGCGAUUACACAAAAUAAACGUUUAACAUUAGAAGAUCUUGAAGAUACAUGGGAUCGAGGCAUUCCACGUAUUAAUACUCUAUUUGAAAAAGAUCGACAUGCACUUGCUUAUGACAAAGGAUGGCGUGUACGAACUGACUUCAAACAAUAUCAGAUUCUCAAACAAAAUCCAUUUUGGUGGACCCAUCAACGACACGACGGAAAAUCAUGGAAUUUAAAUAACUAUCGUACCGAUAUGAUUCAAGCAUUGGACGGUGUCGAAGGCAUUCUUGAACAUACACUUUUUAAAGGGUUUGUUAUCGAAAUUGUAUUUUCUGAUGCUUUGACAUUUUCUAGUUUAGAACAAUCUAUGCGUUGGAAAAAACUAACCAAUGCUCAACGUUCGGGUUUAAAUCAGAUUCCAAAUCGUCGUUUUACAUUAUGGUGGAGUCCGACAAUUAAUCAUGCUAAUAUCUACGUUGGUUUUCAAGUCCAACUCCAUUUAACGGGUAUAUUUAUGCACGGAAAAAUUCCAAUUCACGAAAGUGUUGUUACGGAUCAUUGUCAAAUUUUCGAUCAAGAAUUGGAUGCAUUAGAAGUCGAAACUGUAUCGGCGUUCACAAACCACGAUAUUCUCCUAUUUGCUGCCUAUAAAUGGAAUAUCAGUAAACCAUCAUUAUUAGCUGAUUCGAAAGAUGUUAUCGACAAUACAACAUCUAAAAAAUACUGGUUCGAUGUUCAAUUACAUCGGGGUGAUUAUGAUUCACAUGAUGUUGAACGUUAUGCUCGUGACAAAUUUCUUGACUAUACAACAGACAACAUAUCAAUUUAUCCAUCGGCCACAGGUGUCAUGAUUGGCAUUGAUUUAGCAUAUAACUUACAUAGUGCAUUUGGCAAUUGA